ACCGUGGACGGAGGGGGUACGAGUGCGUCACUUGCGAGGAUGUACGGCGGAGGGCAAAACCAACUAGGAGGAAUGGGGGGUUACGGGAAUGCGGGCGGCUACGAGAAUGUAUAUGGGGGGAACACGAGUGGGGAUGGUAAUAACAGGAAUAUUGGCUGGGGAACGGGGAGUAACACGGGUGGGUACAUGGGAAACGCUUCAGGUGGUAAUGGCGGUAUGGGGGGCAGGCAACCCCUGACGUGCUACACGUGUGGCAAACCGGGUCAUUACUCCCGGGAAUGUUGGAUGAAACGCGGGCGGCAAGAGGAUAACGAACUGGAAGAGAUACGACAACAGGAUAGAGCGAUGAUGCAAGAGAGACGAGAGGCGGAGGAAAGAAGAAGGGUGGAGCAGAGGAGACUGCACAAGGAGAACGAGAGGAGGCGCGAGCAGGAUAUGAUCCGUCGGGCGGAGGAAAUAAGGCUGCAGUUGGAAGCAGGGCUCGAGGAGAAAUGGCAACAGCAAACGAAGCAGGCGGUAGGAGCGGCAGCAGCAGCGAAGGCCAAACCAGAGGAGGCUAGAGCGAGGGCGGAAGAGGCGCAUGCUAAGGCGGAAGAGGCACGGGCAAAAGGGUUCGAGGAACCGUGGGAUGAAGUAAACCAUUGUCAGGGAUCGCAACAGGCGAGAGGGCUGAGGUUCGACAUGCCGGGAGGUAACGGGGUGACGGGCGAGGAUGAGCCAAAGAUUCCAAUGGACAACGGGCACAAGGGUUUAGCGGUGAAAUGUUCCAGGGAGGGGUUAAUCGACUACUAUCUGUCGACACAGAAAAUUCUGUCCGCUAAGAAGGCGACGAUGUUAAGGAAGAUACAGUGGUUAGCUAAAUACCUAGCGCGGUCGGAGAUCAAGACGGACAUGAUGGAUCUGAAGCGGGCUGGUGUCUACAUCGUAGCUUCGCCAUGGUCUAAGAAGGUGUACGUUGGGAGCACAAUCCGCAGUAUUAUGCAGAGAUGGCGUGAGCAUUUGAGCAACACAGAUACUGAAGUCAUUGGCAGUUCUCCGAAGUUAUACCGCUGGAUGCGUCAUUACGGUUCGGACAAUUUUGUGAUAAUCCCGGUCAGACAUGCUAGUGAAGAAGACGAUCGGGCCUUUGAAAGGCAUCUCAUUCGGGAUUUUUCACCCUCGCUGAACACGUGCAACAGUAAUGGGCAGGGUGGGAGUAAGACACGGAGCAGGAGGAAGGGUAAGAGGGAGAGGAAGAGGAUGAGAGCGGGACAGCGGGAGAGGGUGAAGAGCGUAGUGAGCUUUACAGAGGGAAAUGAGAACGAGCGGAGGGUAUCACUGUUGACAUGGUUAGAGGGUGAAUGGAAGAAGAAUUCGAAGGGAGAAAGGAGAGUGGUGUUCCAAGGGGGAGAGACCUGGUCGGACGGAUGGAGGAAGAUCAAGAGACUAUUCGGGAUGACGAAAGUAAGGAUUAGUGGGAGAAUUAAGAAACUGGCAACGUCCAAGGCGGAAUUGCAGCGAGGAGUGACGGUGGUUUUUAUCGGGAUCACUAAGACGACGACGACAACGACCGCGUACAUGCAAGAACUACGGUGGAUGCUCAAGAAGCCUUUUCUGUUUAAGAGGUUGGUCGACCGAAACACAAGUCAACUGGUGGGAAUGUACCGGUCUGCGGGUUUGUUCAGGGACAAGAAGACGAAGAAUUAUUUAAGCUUGAAGAUCGACAAGGCUGUGAAGAAGAAGACGGGAGUCAGGAUACGGAAGAGGGUACAGGUGAAAGUUAUGUACGAUAGACAAAUCGUGAAGAAGAAAGUAAGGCAGGCUACGGAAGGAGUGGUGGAAGGAAAGGUCAAGGAUGUAGCUGUCGCAAACCUGAUUAAAGGCAGGAUACGUAUCACAUGGAAACGAAACAAGACAGUUGGGGAGAUCUUGCAUAAUCACCGGAGGCAUGCACACGUCGGGGUACAACUUUGCACAUGCAGAACGAUCGGGCUUCCAACUACGGACGGGCACGUGCUUACGCGGUUCUCGGAGUUGGGAGAUGUACCGGAGUUCAUGAAGAACGGCAGGAACGGGUUGGUACUUGCCCCCGUGGAUCGUAAUCAGGGCGAUACGGCUGUUAUCUGCCCUGUUAUUUAUCGGCAUGCUUUUGGGAAGGCUUUCGUUUGGAACGGCGACUAUGAAGAGAAACGUGAGAAGGAACAGGACAUUUUGCGGAAGGCGAGGGUAGAUUAUGAGCAAGCAAACCUCGACAAGAGCGCAGCAUGGAAGACGGAAGGGCGGGUCGGGCGGGCUUACGUCAUACCCAAGGACAAGGAUCUCAGCAAGUGGAGACCGAUAGCACCUGCCACGGGUGACCCGGCGGGAGCGGCACAGAGAAAGGUGGUCAGGGCUUUGCAUUAUCUUAUGAAGUUGUUCCCGAAGGAACAAACUUUUUAUCUCAAUUCGAUUUAGGAAAUGCCGACGAAACUGGAGGCGGUGCAGAAGAGACUGGUUGAAAAUCGUUCCAGGUAGUAUGUCUAUUGGGAUUGGUUUGUAUGCCGGAUAUGAGCUUGGUGCUUCCCCCGCCGUCCUGACUGCGCCCCCACGCCAUGCGUGGUAUCAGUUAAUAAAUUGUUUUAUUUUAUUUUUUAUUUUUAUUUUUUAUUUUUAGGCUAAUUAACAAAUUAGUAUCCUGUGC